AUGGUGUCCCGCGCUCUCCCACGGUGUCCCGCGCUCUCCCACUAUGUCCCGCGCUCUCCCAUGGUGUCCCGCGCUCUCCCAUUGUGUCCCGCGCCCUCCCAUUGUGUCCCGCGCUCUCCCAUGGUGUCCCGCGCUCUCCCACUGUGUCCCGCCGCCCUCCCACGGUGUCCCUCGCCCUCCCAUGGUGUCCCUCGCCCUCCCAUGAUGUCCCCUCGCCCUCCCACGGUGUCCCGCGCCCUCCCACGGUGUCCCGCGCUCUCCCACUAUGUCCCGCGCUCUCCCAUGUGUCCCGCGCCCUCGGCCACGUGUCCCGCGCUCUCCCACUAUGUCCCAGCUCUCCCCAUGGUGUCCCGCGCUCUCCCAUUGUGUCCCGCGCCCUCCCACGGUGUCCCGCGCUCUCCCAUGGUGUCCCGCGCCAUCCCAUGGUGUCCCUCGCCCUCCAUGGUGUCCCUCGCCCUCCCAUGA